CUGCUGCCACCGCCUAACUCAACCACCUGACCCACACCACUAGGACCUCUAAGAGGACAGUCAAUCAAUUAGCAGCAAAGCUGAAGGUCUCUCUCAGGCCUGACCACAUAAUGACAGACCUACUGUAUAUUAAAGGACCCUGCCCAUGCGUCCUCUCCCGGUCACCUCCCUCUUCAUGGGCCUUUAUAAGACUCUCACACAGGGGGGGCUCUAAUUUCCAAAGAGGGACCGUGCACAAGCAUCUGGAAAACUAGCUAGUCUGCAAAGCCACCUAUUCACCCACAGCUGGGGAGACACCUGACUAACCAUAACCAUGGACAACCAUUCAUACAACUUCCCUUCCGACUGCACCCCACUCACCAACUGCAAGUCUGCCCGUAAGCCCGCUGGAUCCACCGUGGUGAACAUGGGUAAUGCUGGCAAGAAUCCUCCACGGGACUAUCUAGUCUGGUCGCUGUGCAACACCUUGUACGUUAACUUCUGCUGCCUGGGAUUCAUGGCUCUCAUCUACUCCAUCAAGGCCAGGGACCAGAAGACUCAGGGGAACCUGCAGCUGGCCCAGGAGUGUUCAGACAAGGCCAAAUGGUACAACAUCCUGGCAGCCGGCUGGAACCUGCUGAUUCCACUUCUGGCCAUCGUCCUUCUGGUCCUCCUGCUUGUCCACCUGGGCUCAUCCCAGGGCUCCUUCGACUUCCUCGGAGAGGACGGCUUCCAAAACUUCAUGAAAUUGUUCAGCUGGUAGAUGGAGGUGGAGGGAGAGAAAUAAGAAAACAAAAAAUACAAAUCAGUCUCAAAGUCAACUCAUUCACACCAACCGUCAGGAGAGGGCAUUUGAUUAGGUACAGCAGAUGAGGGCUGACGUAAUAGCUCCUAAGAAUUUUGGCCAGGCUAAGCCGAGCGAUAAAGGUCUAAGUGCUCCUUUUCUGUGUGUAUGUAAGUCAGGGCCUGUCCUAGGCUUUCUAAAAUCUGCUCAGCAUUCAAAUAAUCCCAGUUGGUGAAAAGGAAAAGUAGGGUUGCGGAUUAAAAGGAUAUCACCCCAGGGAUACACCAAUACUAAUGCUGAUGUCAAAUGUUAGGCCAAUACAAGAGUAAAAUAGGAAAUUUGACCAGAAUCUGAGAAUUACACAUCCAAAAAAAAGAAAAAAAAAUUAAAAAGAGGUAAGACUGUUGUUCAGUAAAAACAAUACAAUGGUUUAAUACUUGUGUUUUGGUAUAUUUAGCUUAUAACUGCCAGUCUCCCAGAAAUGGUCGGUUGAAA